UCUCGAAAAGAGAGCAGAUAGGCGUGCACUAAUGGAUGAAUUAGGACAAUUUCAUGGAUUAUGUUUUGAUUAUUUCAAAGCUGUUGAGUCAGAUGAUAUGGAAGUUAACAGACUUAACCAGAGUUGGAACCUCUAUGGAUUUCCGGGAAUAAAAGCCUGUUAUUUAAGCCAUUAUCAUAUCUAUGAAUCGAUUAUCAAAAAUGGAUAUAGUAAAUCAUUGAUUUUAGAAGAUGAUGUAGAUAUGGAGCUUGACCUUUUCGAUAUUAUGUCUAAUAUUCACCUUAUUUUACCUAACGACUGGGAGAUUCUUUAUCUUGGACAUUGUCACGAAUGGAUAGAUGACACCAAAAUUCUUGUUAGUGGUUUAUCGACUAAUCAUAAAUUACACACUGCUGUACACCCACAGUGUACACAUGCUUAUGCAAUUACGGCCUCAGCUGCCAAAAAGUUAUUAGAAAUUCUUGAUAUCGAUCACACUUACGCUGACGCAGCUAUUGAUGUAGAGUUGGCCGAUCUUAUUCUAGACAAAAAGUUCAUUGCUUAUGGGGUUCAUCCACAGAUUAUAACUCAAUGGAAAGCUAAGGAUGACAUGUCAGAUACUGUACCUGAACCUGAUGCUGUAGACAAAAUUUAUACUUUGACAAAUUCCACCUUAGAAAUUCUCGGUUUUA